AUGCCGCCAAAGCUUCCGAUUCUUGUCAGCUCAGCAUCGGUAUCAAUUCUGCUGGCACACUACGCGCCUGCUUACGCUCUUGGCUCGCGCGUACAAACCUUCUUCCUCGUCGCCUUCACAGAAUUCAUUGCUUGGGCAACAUGGCGAGUGAUAAUUUACCCGAACUUCCUCAGUCCCUUGAAGGGCCUCCCGGAGCCCUUGGGUGCCAGCUGGUGGAACGGACAUGCAUCGGCAAUCAUGGCAAACCCGUCAGGCCAUCCGAUGCGUGAGUGGAUAGACGCGAUACCCAACGAUGGGCUCAUCAGAUAUACCAACUGGUUCAACUCUGAGAGAGUGCUCCUCACAAAUCCGAAGACGCUUGCAGAGGUUCUUUCAAGUAAGAACUAUGAGUUUAUUAAGCCAGCCCACUUCCUCGACAUUAUUGGCAAAAUAUUAGGCAUUGGACUGUUGUUCGCAGAGGGUGACGAACAUAGGACUCAGCGCAAGAAUCUCAUGCCGGCAUUCUCUUACAGACAUAUCAAGGACCUCUAUCCUGUUUUCUGGUCAAAGUCAAAAGAGAUGGUGGAAAGAAUGUCCAUUGCGAUGCAAGAAGCCCCUGCCGAAGACGGAAAAUCUACCAACGUCGUUGAAGUCAGUGAUUGGACCAGUAGAGCCACGCUGGAUAUCAUCGGUGUGGCCGGCAUGGGUCGCGAUUUCCAGGCUCUCAAAAAUCCGGACAACGAACUAAACCAGACCUACAAGACUAUUUUCCAUCCACCCAAGUCUGCCAGGUACUUACAGGUUGCCGGCAUGUUUUUACCACGAUGGUUCCUCAAGAGUCUGCCUAUCAAGCGUAAUGAUGAGAUUUCAGAUGGGUCUGCCCUUAUCAAACAGACAUGUCGUGAUUUGAUAGCAGCAAAGAAGAUCCGCAUGGAAAAGGGUGAUGCCGAUGACACCGAUAUCCUUAGUGUCGCUUUGAGGAGUGGAAGUUUCGCUGAUGAAAACCUUGUCAGCCAGAUGAUGACUUUCUUGGCUGCUGGACAUGAGACUACUAGCUCAUCUAUGCAAUGGGCCAUCUACAUGAUGUGCCGUCAUCCUGAAGUACAGGCUCGCCUACGUCAAGAAAUUCAUUCGAAGCUGCCCUCUGUACGCGACCCUCAGGCUCGGAUUACCGCCUCGGAUAUCGACAACUGUCACUAUCUUCAGGCAGUGUGCAAGGAGACACUACGUCUAUGGGCUCCUGUGGCUCUGACCAUGAGAGUUGCUGCUCGAGACGAGACCAUCAAUGGCCAUCCUAUCCCCAAGGGAACGCUCGUGGUUGUCGCUCCAUUGGCAAUCAACUGCAGCAAGCAUCUUUGGGGGGAUGAUGCAAUGGAGUUCAAACCAGAACGCUGGUUGACGGAUGGUGUCAGCAACAAAAAUGGCGGUGCUGAGUCCAACUACAGUUUCUUGACUUUCCUCCAUGGCCCGCGAUCCUGCAUUGGGCAAGGAUUUGCCAAUGCGGAAUUCGCGUGCCUUCUUGCAGCGUGGUGCGGCAAGUUCGAGACAGAGUUCGAGGACAAGGAUUAUGUUCUUGAGGUCAAGAGUGGUAUCACUUCGCGACCCAAGAAUGGCUUGCGGGUCAAGCUAACGGAGGUCGAUGGAUGGUAG